AUGGACAUCUACAUCUACGAACCGAUCGAUCUCGAGCGUCCUGCAUUUCGACUUCUACAGUUACUUCGAGGCAAAGGGCCAGCCAUCGAGUGCAUACUGUAUCAGGCCUAUCUUGAUGGCACCGAUACCGUUCCGUACGAUGCUUUAUCGUAUACCUGGGGCGGCACGAACAAGGCAUCGACUGUGACAGUCAGUGGGAAGACACUUGGUGUUACUAAAAAUCUGCACUCAGCCUUGCAACAUUUUCGUUCGGAAGAUGUAGAUAGGGUACUCUGGGUUGAUGCUAUUUGUAUCGAUCAAGGCAACGAAAAAGAGCGAGGACAUCAAGUUCAGCAAAUGUGCAAGAUUUAUUCGCACGCGGAAGAGGUAAUUAUCUGGCUAGGUCAACCCACUGCGGAAACCAAUGUUCUCAUGGACUCUCUUCGGGAACUAGAAGGAUACAGCUUAGCGCAUGCACAUAGACACUGGGAUCUAGCAAAGUGGACCGAAUUCUGGCGAUUGGUUCCUCAGAGUUCAAGUUUUGAGGUACUGGAAGGCCUAUACCUGCUCUUAAAGAGACCGUGGUUUAGAAGAGUCUGGAUUUUACAGGAAAUAGCCAACGCGAAGAAAGCAAGUGUCCGGUGUGGCAUCAAGUCUGUCAAAGCACAUACCUUUGCCCUUGCUCCGUCGCUCGUAGGCAUCAAACCAGAACGACAUUGUCAAGCUGUUUUGGAUAUUAUGCCUGGACACUUGCGGGAAAAGACCUGGUGGGGUGAAAGCAGAGACUUGUACAACCUUUUACUAAAGUUCAGAGAAAGCAAUGCGAGCGACCCACGAGACAAAGUCUAUGCCUUGCUAGGUAUAUCUUCAGACGCUUACGACAGCGAUAGCCUACGUCCAGUCUAUACGAAAGACCUCCAGGCAGUCAUUCGCGAUACUUCGUUGUUCUUAUUCAGACAGUCAGAUGAUUCUUAUGAGACGAUGCCAGAGUUCUUAGAGGACCUUACGUUUCGGAAUUCUACAUUCUUCUCAGAGCUUGUCCGAACGUCCAACGCAAGGGCAGUUGAACGUUUCCUAAUGCGGAGA